AUGUCAAAUACAACUCCACAACCAAAUAGAUGGUUAGUGGUAUACAAUUCACUUUCAGCAUCAUUAUGGUCCAUAAUAUUUUUCAAUACUAUAUUUCUAUCAUUAGUAUUAGGUCAACCAUAUGUAUAUUUAAAAACAAAUUUUAUCAAUACAAUAAUUCAAUCAUUUGCAAUAUUUGAAAUUAUAAAUUCAGCAAUUGGAUUAGUUAAAUCACCUAUUUUCACUACUGUAACUCAAGUGUUUUCAAGACUAUUAAUUGUUUGGGGAAUACAUCAAUUUAUACCAAAUUCACCAGCAAAUUAUCAUUGGAGUUAUAUAACAUUAUUAUUAAGUUGGUCAAUUACUGAAAUUAUAAGAUAUUCAUAUUAUGCUCAGAAUUUAAGAAAUGACGUUCCUGAUUGGUUAACUUGGUUACGUUAUUCUACAUUUUAUAUAUUAUAUCCAACUGGAGUAUUUAGUGAGAUAUAUCAAAUACUUUUAUCUUUAAAUAAUGUUGGAUAUUAUUAUCAAUUAUUUUUGAAAAUCAUUUUAGUUACAUAUAUUCCAGGUUUCUACAUGCUUUAUACUUAUAUGAUUAAACAAAGAAAAAAAGUUCUUGGAAAAACCAAAAAAUUGGAAUAA